AUGCCAAUCGUCCAUAUUGUCCUUUUCGAGUUCAAGCCUACGGCUUCUCAUGUACAAGUAGAAGAUGCUUGUAAACGCAUGCUAGCCCUUUCAGAGAAAUGCCUACACCCAACAACACAACAACGUUACGUCAAAUCGUACGGUGGAGGGCGGGAUACCAGUCCUGAAGGACUACAAGGUGGCUUCUCGCACGGCUUUGUGAGCGAGUUCCAAAAUCAAGGAGAUCGCAAGUACUACCUAGAGAAGGACCCGGCGCAUCUGGAGUUCACCUUGAGCCUGAAGGAUAUCAUUCAGAAUGCAAGGGUGGUGGAUUUCGAGCCGGGCAAGUUCUAG